AUGGCUACAUCUGCUCCGGCGAGGAUCCUGGAAGCCCGAGAGCCAACCUACGGGGAAAUCCGCGCACCGUUCAAGAAAACCAAAAGCCCAGACGGCUUCUACCACCUCGGCGACGACAGUAAUGGCGUCGUCAUACAGUAUGCGCAGCUGAGCCCGCAGCAAAUCCAGCAGGCGCUGUCCGAGGACGCUGCGUUCUACACCCCGGAACAAAACGAGCAUCUUGCCAACGUCUUCAAGGAUGUGGAUGGUCGUAAUGUCCAGGGUUCGGCUCUCCUUUAUCCUGGACCGGACAUCUGCCCGCCUGUAUUAUUCGCAAAUUCCUCGUCGUCGGCGGCGGCGGCGGAAGGAGGAGUGUCUCCGCUUGAGCUGCAGCCGAGACAUGAGCGCCCUGCACGUCCUGGCAAUAAAAAUAGUGAGUGCAGUAGGUAUCCGGAUUGCGAGGUGUGCGACAAGAAGGGUAAGAUCGUUGAAGAUGGUAUCUGCAAGUAG